AUGGAGGCGGAUUUCGCUGCCUUCGGGAGCCCACUGUGCGGCGAGGUCAAGCGCUUCUGCAGGCGGCUGCAAGAGACCUACCGGGAGAUCCAGGAGGACCUCACGCCCUACAAGGAUGACCGUUACUACCGGCUGGCACCAAUGCGGUUAUAUACGCUGUCCAAACGGCAUUUUGUUCUGGUGUUUGUAGUAUUCUUUGUUUGUUUUGGUCUGACAGUCUUCAUAGGAAUAGCAGGUCCUAAUGUAAUUGAAACGUCUGUAGCAAGACCUAACUCAAAUAACAGCCUGAAGCUGAAGCCAUUUAAUUUAAGUUCGCCGCCAUUGUCUACUUACAAUCAGCAGCUGUGGCUGACCUGCAUACUUGAGUUGGAGCAGGAUGAUGUUACAGUAUCCCUCAAAAAGAAUGUUACUAUGAAAGUCAAAGUACUUGGGGUGGUGAAGGACGGAAGCACACCAUAUGUCAAUAAUCAAGUUCACAAUCGGACAAGGUUACUUAGUUGUGCGCAAAAAUGCAGUGAGAUCAUUGUUGUUCACCUUGGCUACCUGAACUACACUCAGUACAAUGUAUUUGUUAGCUUUGAAGACUUAAAGUUAACAUACUAUAUCAAGAAUGUUACUUUCACGUGGAAGACCUACAAUCCAACUUUUUCACAAGUGGAGAUAUGGUUCCGAUUCGUCUUUGUAGUUCUUACUUUUAUGGUCACGUGUCUGUUUGCACAUUCCCUGCGGAAAUUCUCCAUGAGAGACUGGGGUAUUGAACAGAAAUGGAUGUCCAUUCUCCUUCCCCUCCUGCUACUUUACAAUGAUCCAUUUUUCCCCCUUUCUUUUCUGGUGAACAGCUGGUUUCCUGGAAUGCUGGAUGAUCUAUUCCAGUCACUGUUUCUGUGUGCAUUGCUGUUGUUCUGGCUUUGUGUCUACCAUGGUAUCAGAGUGCAGGGGGAAAGGAAGUGCUUAACUUUUUAUCUGCCCAAAUUCUUUAUUGUUGGACUGUUGUGGCUGGCCUCUGUUACACUGGGAAUAUGGCAAACUGUUAAUGAAGUACAUGAUCCUACAUAUCAGUACAGGGUUGACACAGGUAAUUUCCAGGGAAUGAAAAUCUUCUUCCUUGUGGUGGCAACCACAUACAUUCUCUACCUUUUGUUCCUGAUAGUGAGGGCAUGCUCAGAACUUCGUAACAUGCCUUAUGUUGAUCUCAGGUUAAAAUUCUUAACUGCGUUAACCUUUGUAGUGCUUGUCAUUAGCAUUGUUAUACUCUACCUACGCUUUGGAGCACAAGUUCUACAGGACAACUUUGUUGCUGAGCUGUCGACUCAUUAUCAGAAUUCAGCAGAAUUCUUAUCAUUUUAUGGUUUACUGAACUUUUAUCUCUACACAUUAGCCUUUGUGUACUCCCCCUCAAAGAAUGCAUUAUACGAAUCACAGUUGAAAGACAAUCCUGCUUUUUCUAUGCUGAAUGAUUCAGAUGAUGAUGUGAUUUAUGGGAGUGACUAUGAAGAAAUGCCACUUCAGAAUGGUCAAGCUAUUAGAGCCAAGUAUAAAGAGGAAUCAGACAGUGAUUGA